GUUUGGGUGAGACACCAGUCAGGCUUCACGUCGGCUAUCGUUGUUGGCGGAAAUGUUGCCGAUGGAAAGGUAAAGGUCAAGUUAGACAGGGGAAAGCUUGACCUUGAAAUCAGCAAAUCAGAUGUUGAAAAGGCAAACCCUGCUGCCUAUGAUCGCAUAGAGAAUCUUUCCAAUUUGAAAUUCAUAAACGAAUGCAGCUGUCUGCAUACACUGCGACAUCGUUUUCACAGCAAUCUGAACCACACUUUCGUCGGAGAAUCCCUGGUCAUCAUUAACUCCAUACUUCCCUUGUGCAUUUAUUCUGAAAAGAUCAUGUCAAUGUUUAAAGACUGCAGCAGUGAUGACGUCAUUCCUCAUGUUUACGCCACCGCCCAAUCCACCUACGAUGCUUUAUUCAAUAACUUCAAUGAUGACGGUCUC